AAAAGACAGACAGGCAGAGAAAAGAAGCCCCACGAAGAAAUCACCUUUCUGACCCGGGCGUCAUUCAUCAACCAACUUUUGUAUAGGAGCCGCGGCCCAUUGCACGAAUCUCAGAAAUACAAAAAUAUACAAGGCUUCAGCCCCAGACCACAUAUAGCAAACAUGAAUGACGUUUCGCAAAAGGCAGAGAUUCUGCUUUCCUCAUGUAAACCUGUCCCUAAAUCCUAUGUGCCAAAGCUUGGCAAGGGAGAUGUAAAGGACAAGUUUGAAGCCAUGCAGAGGGCCAGGGAAGAAAGAAAUCAAAGGCGAUCUAGAGACGAAAAGCAAAGAAGAAAAGAACAAUAUAUUAGAGAGAGAGAAUGGAACAGGAGAAAGCAGGAGAUUAAAGAAAUGCUUGCUUCUGAUGAUGAGGAAGAAAGUUCUCCUAAAAUAGAAAAGGCUUAUGUCCCAAAGCUAACAGGGACAGUUAAAGGUAAAUUCGAUGAAAUGGAGAAACACAGACAGGAAGAACAAAGAAAGAGAACAGAAGAAGAAAGAAAACGCAGAAUUGAGCAGGAUCUGUUAGAAAAGAGGAAAAUACAGCGCGAAUUAGCAAAAAGAGCGGAGCAGAUUGAGGACAUAAACAAUACGGGAACCGAAUCCGCAUCAGAGGAAGGAGAUGACUCACUACUUAUAACAGUGGUGCCUGCCAAAUCGUACAAAGCACCUGGAAAAACAAAGGGUCCUGAGGACCUGGACAGAGAAGAAGGAAGUGGGAGGAGCAACCAUGAAGAAGAUAAAAUGAGAUGUGAAGAAGAGUGCCGAGUUCUCAAAGAAGCUAAAUGUCUUUCAUUAGUCAUGGAUGAUGAAACAGAGGCCAAAAAAGAAUCACAUUUUCCUGGAAAAUUGAAAUCAACUUUUGAAGAACUGGAACGACAAAGACAAGAAAAUCGCAAGAAGCAAGCAGAAGAGGAAGCGAGACGACGCUUAGAAGAAGAGAGACGUUCCUUUGAGGAGGCGAGAAGGCACAUGGUAAAUGAGGAGGAUGAAAACCAAGAUAGAGAAACAGUUUUUAAAGAGUACCGCCCAGGAAAACUCAAACUCAGUUUUGAGGAAAUAGAAAGGCAAAGGAGAGAAGAUGAAAAACGAAAAGCAGAGGAGGAGGCCCGAAGGAGAAUAGAGGAAGAGAAGGCGGCAUUUGCUGAAGCAAGGAGAAGCAUGGUAUUAGAUGAUGAUUCCCCAGAGAUUUAUAAAACAGUCUCUCAAGAAUCUCUUACUCCUGGAAAACUGGAAAUUAAUUUUGAACAAUUAUUAAGACAAAAAAUGGAAGAAGAAAGACGGCGAACUGAGGAAGAACGCAGGCAUAAACUAGAAAUGGAGAAACAGGAAUUUGAACAACUGAGACAAGAAAUGGGAAAGGAAGAAGAAGAAAAUGAAAGCUUUGGGUUGAGUAGAGAAUAUGAGGAAUUAAUUAAAUUAAAAAGGAGUGGCUCAAUUCAAGCUAAAAAUCUAAAAAGCAAGUUUGAAAAAAUUGGACAAUUGUCUGAAAAAGAAGUACAGAAAAAGAUAGAAGAAGAGCGGGCAAAAAGGCGAGCAAUUGACCUGGAAAUCAAAGAGCGAGAAGCAGAAAACUUCCAUGAGGACGAUGAUGUUGAUGUAAGGCCUGCAAAGAAGAGUGAGUCUCCUUUUACUCAUAAAGUGAACAUGAAAGCCAGGUUUGAACAAAUGGCAAAGGCAAGAGAAGAGGAAGAACAAAGAAGAAUUGAAGAACAAAAGUUACUACGAAUGCAGUUUGAACAGAAAGAAAUCGAUGCGGCAUUACAGAAGAAAAGAGAAGAUGAGGAGGAAGAAGAAGGUAGCAUUGUUAAUGGCUCCACUACUGAAGAUGAAGAGCAAACCAGAUCAGGAGCCCCAUGGUUCAAAAAGCCUUUAAGAAAUACCUCAGUUGUAGAUAGUGAGCCAGUCAGAUUUACUGUUAAAGUAACCGGAGAACCCAAGCCAGAAAUUACAUGGUGGUUUGAAGGAGAACUACUGCAGGAUGGAGAAGAUUAUCAGUACAUCGAAAGAGGUGAAACUUACUGCCUGUAUUUACCCGAAACCUUCCCAGAAGAUGGAGGAGAGUACAUGUGUAAGGCAGUCAACAAUAAAGGCUCAGCAGCCAGCACCUGCAUUCUUACCAUUGAAAUGGAUGACUACUAGGCUUCCCUCUGUACUUGGGACUCUCUCCAACUCUCUCGACACAUCUCUGUGGAGGGGCCAAAAAGGAGACCGGAGGUGCCACUAUACUGACUUACUCUUUCCCUAAAUCUUCAUUACCAUGCUGUGCAAAGUCAAAACAUAGGUUCUGACAGACUGUCAGAACCUAAGACAAAAGCUUCAUAUUUAUAGCAACUAAUACUUAAAGUAUACAGUUUGCAUGAAUAAACGGAACAUUUUUUACAUUUAAAUUAGCUACUGUCAAUGAAAAUGAAAAUGGAGCGAUCAGUAGAUUUAGUAAAAAGUGAUUCAUUUUGAUUUAAAUUUCUAGCUUUAAAAAUAAGUCUGUAAUGUCAAGUGUAGUGUUGCAUGCCUUAAUCUCAGCACAUGGGGGUAGGUGGAUUUCUGAGUUCCAUGAGAGCCAGAACUAUACAUAGUGAGACCAUGUAACCCUGGAUCCUAACAACACAGUCUGUAAAUAAAAGUUUAUUAUGUUCUAA